UUCUCCAAAACCCUUAGAAAACCCUUCUUCUCUCCCACUUUUCUCAAUAUCAUAGUCCAACAACAAUGGUUGCCGUUAGAAAACCCAAACCUUCAGAAGACACUGCCGCCCUCCAAUCCGAGUUAGCUUCCUUUGCUUCCUCCCUCGGAUUUUCCUCCGCCUCCGCGCCCUCCUCCGGCUUCAAUGAUUCCGAUUUCCGGAAAACCGGACCUAUUAAACCCCACUCUCAGUCCCCCUCUAACACCCAAAAGAAUUCAUCCCAGAAAAACUUCAACAUCAAAAAUCGUAAAGCAAACCCCAGACGAGACCAGAAGCCAACUAAAAACCAGAAGUACGAACCCAGAAACAGUAAUUUGUUGGCGGAAACUGAUAACAACAGAUUUAAGAAUCUUCCGAAGCUCCCAUUGGUGAAAUCCAGUGCAUUAGGGGUGUGGCAUGACGAUGCUGCUGAGCUGGAGGAGAAGUUGAUUGGAAAGGAUAAGAAAAUUGAGUUUAAUAGUGUCGAGGAAUGGAGGAGUUUGGUGGAGAAGAAGAAAGAGCUGGGAGAGCGGUUAUUGGUGCAAUAUGCACAGGAUUACAUGUCAUCACGAGGGCAACAUGGGGAUAUUAAGAUGCUUGUCGCUACGCAGAGAUCGGGAACGGCUGCGGAUAAGGUUUCGGCACUGUCUGUUCUGAUUGGGGAUAAUGCGAUUGCGAAUUUGAGAUCAAUUGACUCGCUUUUGGGAAUGGUGACGUCAAAAGUUGGGAAACGGCAUGCAUUCACAGCCUUUGAAGCGUUGAAAGAAAUUUUUAUUAUUUUACUACCAGACCGCAAGUUGAAAACUCUCUUUCAGCGACCAUUAAAUCACCUGCCUGAUACAAAAGAUGGUUACUCUCUUUUACUCUUUUGGCAUUGGGAGGAAUGUUUAAAGGAAAGGUAUGAAAAAUUUAUUUCUGCGCUUGAGGAAGCUUCACUUGACGUAAUAGUUAAGCUCAAAAGCAUGGCACUGAAGACUAUAUAUAUGUUGCUGAAGAGCAAAUCAGAACAAGAGCGCCGGCUACUCUCUUCAUUGGUGAAUAAGCUUGGGGAUCCUGAAAAUAAAGUCGCAUCAAAUGCUGAUUAUCACUUGGCAAAUCUUUUAACUGAGCAUCCAAAUAUGAAGGCAGUCGUGAUUGAUGAAGUGGAUACUUUCCUUUUUCGGCCUCGUCUUGGAUUGCGAGCCAAGUAUCAUGCUGUGAACUUUUUGAGUCAAAUUCGUCUGAGUCACAAAGGAGAUGGACCUAAAGCAGCAAAGCGGUUGAUUGAUAUUUAUUUUGCUCUCUUCAAGGUUUUGAUAUCAGAGGCCGGAGCAACACCUUCUGCAGCAAAGCAAGUCGAAAAAGCUUCCAGUUCUUCAAAGAAGGAUAAACCGAAAGGCACAUCGGAAACACAUGUUGAAAUGGAUUCGCGAUUAUUAUCAGCUCUUCUAGCUGGUGUCAAUAGAGCUUUUCCAUUUGUAUCCACGGAUGAAGCUGAUGAUGUAAUAGAGGUCCAGACACCUUUAUUAUUUCAGCUGGUUCAUUCUAAGAAUUUCAAUGUUGGAGUUCAAGCCUUAAUGCUUCUUGACAAAAUUUCAUCCAAGAAUCAAAUUGUCAGUGAUCGUUUUUAUCGUGCCUUGUACUCAAAACUCCUGCUCCCAGCUGCGAUGAAUUCUUCAAAGGAGGAAAUGUUUAUUGCAUUAAUAUUGAGGGCAAUGAAGAAUGAUAUCAAUAUAAAGCGAGUUGCUGCCUUCUCCAAGCGUUUGUUGCAGGUUGCCCUACAGCUGCCACCUCAGUAUGCUAGUGGAUGCCUUUUUCUGCUGUCUGAAGUCCUUAAAGCACGGCCUCCUCUUUGGAAUGUACUGCUUCAAAAUGAGGCUGCUGAUGCUGAUGAAGAUCUUGAGCAUUUUGAAGAUAUUACAGAAGAUGAUGACAAUCAAGUCAUUCCUGUACCUAACAGAGACAAUAAUGGGAUUGUUGCUGACAUAAAAAAAGAAUCUGAUGAUGAUAGCGAAUCAUCACCCAGUGAAAGUGGUUCUGCAUCUUCUGGUUCUGAAGGCGAUACUCUCAAUGAUACAGAUGAUUUACUUGGGGAAGGUGGUCUCAAUAAACUUGAGGAAUUUAAGCCAACUUCUGAUCAUGAAGUCCGGAAUCAUCAAGGUCCAAUGUUGCCCCAAGGUUACAACCCACGGCACAGGGAACCUACUUAUUGCAAUGCAGAUAAGGUAGGCUGGUGGGAGCUGAUGGUGCUCGCUUCACAUGUGCACCCCUCGGUAGCUGCAAUGGCCAGAACACUUCUUUCUGGGGUCAAUAUCGUGUACAAUGGCAAUCCGCUUAGUGACCUUUCACUUGGUGCAUUCCUAGACAAAUUCAUGGAGAAGAAACCAAAGCAAAGUAUAUGGCAUGGUGCCUCCCAGAUUGAACCUGCCAAGAAGAUUGACAUGAACCACCAGCUGAUAGGAUCAGAAAUCUUAUCACUGGCAGAAUCUGAUGUGCCUCCUGAGGAUGUGGUUUUCCAUAAGUUCUACCUGAACAAAAUGAAUUCCUCAAAGAAACCAAAAAAGAAAAAGAAGAAGACAGCUGAGGAUGAGGCUGCUGAAGAAUUGUAUGCUGUCGAUGGUGAUGAGGAUGGAAGUGAUGAUGAAGAGAUUGAUAAUAUGUUAGAUUCUGUCAACCCCACUUCAGAAGAAGGUGAAUAUGAUUAUGAUGACCUGGACAAGAUUGCCGAUGAAGAUGAUGAAGAUUUGAUUGCUAAUGGAAGUGAUGAAGAAUUAGACAUCCCGUCAGAUAUUGAAUAUGAAGAUAUUGAGAACGGUGAAACCAGCUCCAGGGAAAACAGCGACAACAGUGACAGUGAUGUUGCUAUAGGGGAAGCUGAUGAUGGAAGUGAUGAUGAUGUUGCAAUAGGGACAGCUGAUGAUGGAAGUGACUUUGACGACAGCUUUGAUCAAAGGAAAAUUGAUCAAAGGAAAAAGAAACGAAGAACCUUUAAAGAUUCUGGAGCUUCUCCUUUUGCAAGUCUUGAAGAUUACCAACACUUGAUGGAGGACAAUGCUCCUGAAUCAAAUUCAUCCAUGAAAAAGAAAAGGAACAAAUCAAAGAAGAAGAGAAAAGUUUCUUAACCUCAGGUCCAUUUUUGUAAGUCAGAAAAGGAGGGAAAGAUACGACUCUAGCUGUCUAAACAGGUGCGCAGAACUCCAUUGACUUCGUGGCCCAGACAACUAUCCGGAUCGGAGUUUGCAGUGUGUUUUUCCAACUUACAAAAGAAUUGCCCCACUUUUAGUCUAAAUCCUCAGAACUCAUCUGAUGGUUGGUCAGUAAAAUAUUCUUGCUUUCUGCUCUUGUUUCCUUUGGGAAAAUUUUAUUGUAUAAGGUUUAAUUUACAUAAUUUAUGUCCUGUUCAUUCA